AUGCCGUCCCCGGAGCUUUCUCAAUCGGGGCAACUGCCCAGCGACAUCCAGCCGGACAGUGUUCAGAAUGGAUCUGUUCCGCCAAUGACAACUGGGAAUCACAAUGACGAAGCUGCCUCAGGAUCUCCUACGGAACAGGGACCGAAUGGGUCAAAUGCGAUCACAGAAGGAAAGCACAACGCGAAAGCCGUUCUCGCAGCCUCGGGUGUGUCUUUAACACCCGCCGGCUCCAGUCAUAACGCGUCCAAUGGCAAUCCGUCUUCCAGCUCCCAGUCAAUUAAUGCCAAUGGCUCAGCAGCGAGCAAGAAACGAUCACGUGGCGGCUCCGCCAUUCAUCCUUCCUCGCCGACAGAAGGGCUAGCCGUGCGUGUACGUGAAACCUCAAAGGAUAAGAUCCUAGCGGAGCAGUAUGUGAACCGGGAGUUCCAACAUUCUGCCUUGACGGCGUACCACAAUCAGAAUCAAGAGAUAACAAACCAAAAACGUGCCGAACGGGACUUUUAUCUGACUCUACGACGGGAGAAUCAUAUGAACCCGGCGGCGCUGUAUGGUGUCGGCUACGAGGGGUUUGGGAAUGCUCGUACAGAUCUGCGAGGUCAACAUCCCCAGCUAUUGUACCCCUCCAACCGGCGGCGACCAGGUAACCGGAGGACUAGGGAGCUACGGGUUUCGCGGAAAGAUUUGAAGACACAAAGUGAACAAAUCGAGGACCUUGUGCCCAUUCGGCUGGACAUCGAUUGGGAGAAGAUCAAGAUCCGAGAUACGUUCACCUGGAAUCUCCAUGAUCGGGUGGUAUCUCCCGACCUAUUCGCCGAAAAGCUAGUGGAGGACCUGGGCCUCCCUCUUGAAUCAUGCGCUCCCCUCGUGCGGAUGGUUUCACAGAGCAUCCAAGAGCAGAUCUGCGAUUACUAUCCUCAAAUAUAUAUGGAAGAAGAUCCUCUCGACCCUCAUCUCCCGUACAGUGCUUACAAGAACGAUGAGAUGCGCAUCCUUGUUAAGCUAAAUAUCACCAUUGGUCAGCAUACUCUGAUUGACCAGUUUGAAUGGGAUAUUAACGACCCCUCCAACUCCCCCGAAGAUUUCGCUGCGCGGAUGACGGAUGACCUUUCUCUGUCAGGAGAAUUUACGACAGCGAUUGCGCACUCUAUCCGCGAACAAUCGCAGCUAUUCACGAAAUCACUCUACAUCCUCUCUCAUCCGUUUGACGGACGUCCGAUCGAUGAUCCCGAUCUUAAGUCCGCUUUCCUUCCUACCCCCCUCGUAUCAUCCUUCAGGCCAUUCCAGGCAGCCAAGGAAUUUACACCUUAUCUGUAUGAAUUGAACGAAGCAGAAUUAGAACGUACGGAAGUUUCAAUAUCCCGUGAUCAACGGAGGCAGAAACGCUCCGUUAACCGUCGCGGUGGACCCGCCCUACCCGACCUGAAAGACCGCCAAAGGACUAUCCGCACUAUGAUUGUAUCCUCCGUCAUUCCUAAUUCGGCUGCGUCUAUUGAUGAAAGUAACGUCUUCAAACGAUCUGGGUCGAGUCGCGCCAGGCGCGCUGCUGUCGGGUUGCGGGACACUGGUGACGAUUCUGAUGACUCAGACAGCGACGAAUCUUCAAUCACAGGCUCCCCCGCUAUCGGUCCUCAUCUGGCUCAAGGCACUGCGCGCACAAGAGGCAUGCGAGGGGCUGCCAGUGCUGCUCACGCUGCUCUGCGUGCGAACCUUGGUCAGUCUGCCACUCCGGAGCCUCACCACGAGGGAAGAGCAUCUGCUAGGAGACGGGACUAUCGCGAAGAGAGCAUCGAAGAGCCAGAAAAACUAAUUGUGAAGCUUAAGAUCCCUCGUGAGAAGUUCCGUCAACUUCUUACCCACGGACCACAGUCAAUACCGAGUCUCUCAGCGACUCCAGCCCCUCAGCCACCAUCACAUCAAGGCACGCCUCAAAUUAGCACCCCGACCCCAAGCAACAUGGCUCCACCGUCACACACCCAGCCUCAAGCUCGUGUCCCAAGUGUCGUCGGUACACCCACGCAACGGACCGUCCCCGCCCAGCAAAUUGGAGCCAUAGAUGCAACCCACCCCCCUCAGCCGGGUGUCCCAGGGCCCCCGCCUCCAAGUUGGCUCGCGGCGGGACUCGCGCGACUAAAACGCUCGUAUCCAAAUGACUCCUUUGAAGGCGUAAUGCGCUACACUGCUGUCGACACGGAGACAAUGCUACCAGUAGCCAAUGCCAAUACCGAGUCAGGCCAGAAACUAAAAUAUCAAUACCUCCCACGCAUCCGGUGCCAUGACUGCCCGGGCAAACUGUAUACCCCCGGGCCAGGCACGACAGUCGAUAAUUUCGAGGUCCACCUUCGAAACCGACAACACAAAGAGCGUGUUGAGGAGAGAAUCACCAGGACCGGCGGUGCAGGGGGCAACAAUGCAUCUUAG